AUGUAUGCUCCUCAGGGUCGAGCAGGUGAGCUGCCUGCGCAAGAGCGCGAACCUGGCCGAGACGUGGCAGGGCCGGAGAAUGGAGCGAGACCGAAGGCAUCCGUGGCGACGCGCAAGAAGUUCCCAGCGAAGACAUUAGGACCCGGUCAGAGCAUCUUCCACGAUUACAAGUGGGAGCCUCCGAAGCAGAGUGAUGGCGAAGGCGCAAAGAUAGCUCGAGGCCGGAAACCGUACGAAUGGACGCCGGAGCGAUCGAGACAGCUCAUCAAGCUCAUCAUACAUACUGACUUGCCUUUCGACGAUGUUACCAAGAUCAUGCGUGAUGCAGAUGGCGAAGGUCCCUCCGAGAGUACGUGUCGUAACCACUGGCAUGAUAUCUUCGGUUAUAGGCCUGAUGAAGCCCGCCUGAAGAACCCAGAGGGUCGCGAGGUCCGUCGGAGUAAACUUCUGCGAGCGUUCCACAGAGACACCGGUACUGCUUCGCCAGACACGAAUCGAACCGAGCCCGACCUUGUUCGCGAUGGCCCCAUCGAUGCUGAUUCCAGCCCUGCCGCCUCGAGUAAUUCAUCUGCACAGUACCCGAACAGCAUGACAGAGGGAGACAACAACGUCGCGAUCAGUCAAGUCGAGGACGAUAUGAACUACAGUUUCUUGUAUAAUCCAGCAUUAACUCUGACACCACCUGAAGAACAGGAUUUCCGUAAUGUUCAGUACGGCUUCCCAUCAACAUCACAUACACGGUUGCCAUCAGUCGUGGAAGAAGGACCAGCAGUAGCCCCUGACACUAAGCGCGAACAAUCUUCACCAGCAAACACAUCUACCCCAACACCGGACUCGACGGUAUCUCAGAUCGAACAGAAGCAGGACCUUCCACCAGGUUUCAUCAACUGGUUUAGAAGAACGUCAAUCGGCAGCAGCUUCUUCACAGAGGGCAGGCACCAGUCUGUAGCUGGAAGUCUUGCUACUUCGAGACGGCGUAGCUAUCAGCCUAAUCGAAGCUCUAUCGCUACCAUCAGCCAGCCCCUGUCGUCGAAUGCGAUCCUCAACAUUCUUGAGAACUCAGACUCCACGACCACGAUCCAAGCUGGCCACAUCGAGAAGCUGAUCGAUCGUGGAGCUGACAUAAAUGCUUGCAAUGCCAAGGGCGAGACACCACUACAUCUUGCGAUGCGGCUUGGUAAUAUCGUUGUGUUCUCAGCCUUGCUGGCUCGCGGAGCUAAUCCCAACGCGCGCACGAAAACAGGCGAGAGCAUCUGGACGUAUGGCCGGAACGCUUCCAAACAAACUCUCGACCCCAACAAACAGUAUGUCGACAAAGAUCAGCAACGUCUCGAUACCAUGAUAUGCGCGCAUAUCGAGUUCCUCAAAGCGACUAGCCAGUUCAAUCGUGAUCUUAUCACCGAAAGUAAAGGCAAGAAGGGGAGCAAGUACAGUUCAUCCUUAAGUGCGGAUCAGAACAAGGAUAGCAAACGGCGGCGGAGCUCAGCCACCUCUUCUAACUCUUCGGCUCCUCCCGUCUUGCCAUGGAGCAUGACAGCAUAUGGCACAGGAAGUAGUAAGAAGCAAAAGAAGCCCCGCUCAGUCGAUUCGAACGCGACGGAACAGACUCAAGGCCGGAUGUCCUCCCUAGGCGAGAGUGUAACCUCAAACGAGACAGACCCGAGGCCGAGUAUGCACAAAUCUAACAGCUCGCCUUCACCGUAUACAAAUAUGGACACUUCUCAGCAUCUGUCUUCGUCAGCUCCCUCGUCCGAUGGGAAACGACUCAGCUGGGGCAUGUCCUGGUUGUCAAAGAAGUCUCAGUCUGGAGGAAACCCUUACAUGUCCAACAUCUCAACCCAAGUCCCAGCAACACAACAAGAUCCCUACCACCUCGAAUCAGCCUCUCCCCGCACGACUUUCGUCAGCAACGGAUUCGACGCACAGCAAAUGCCAACGAGCGGACCCCAGUUCCAGGACUGGCACUUCCCAGACCCCUCCGCCCUGCGGCCACAGACCUAUUAUGGCGAAACGGGAGAUCUAGUCGCCUUCCCCAACAGUCUCGCCACCGGCGACCCAUCAAACAUCCCGUACGACUACUCAGGAGAGAUUACACCCACGCAAUCCUUCAUACUCGACCCAACAGCUCAGGCAGAGACGCAAGCAGCCACAAUGUAUGGCGCGCCCACUUCCCAACCAAAUGUGGCGUUCAACGAGGUGGCGUUCAAUCAGCUGAAUUACUCACAACCCAUGCCGGCGUCGAAUUUAGAGAAUUGCCAACCUGAUGCGACCUUCACCAACAAUGCUUUCGAGCAACCAGGAUUCUCCAUGGACCAAGCAUUGUCGUGGGAGGCAAGGUAUAGAGCAUUGGAACAACAAAUGGAGCAGCAAAGACAGCAGAACGAACUCUUGAUGAAGCAAUUGGCACAUCAAAGUGCAUGGCUUGAUUCUACAAUGUACCAUUGGGAUGCUCCAGCCGGACCUGCGACAUGA